GUUGAUGUAAACAUGGACAGGCCGGACGCAACAUUUACUCUGGCUUAUGUUGUAUUUGCUUUAUGUUUUGUUUUUACACCAAACGAGUUUCGUUCGGCCGGUUUCACGGUGCAGCACAUGUUCUCGGAGUGGCUGGGCAGUGAGGACAUCAGCUUCAUUCAACACCACAUCAGGAGAACAACACUCACAGUGCUCUUUCACAGCUUCCUGCCGCUGGGAUACUACAUAGGAAUGUGUUUUGCUGCCCCAGAACAGAAUCUCAUGUACGUUCACCAUGCAAGUCAGGGAUGGCAAAUGUACUUUGGGCUUUCACUGGUCAUCCAGCUUUUGAGCUGCGCCCUUGCUUUCUAUUGGUCCAGACGUGGAUGGGCAAAUCACCCCAUAUGUAAGGCACUAAGCGUACAUGCCUUACCACAGUCCAGCUGGCGGGCUGUCGCGUCCUCAAUCAACACAGAAUUUCGGCGCAUCGAUAAAUUUGCUUCCGGUUCUCCAAGCGCAAGGGUUAUCGUGACUGAUACUUGGGUGAUGAAGGUCACGACGUAUUCUUUGCAUGUUGCGUUGCAUCAGGACUGUCAUUUGACCGUCACAGACUCCAAGCAUCACAGCCUAUCACCUGAUUUAAACACACCAGUGCAAAUCGUCACCAUCACUGUUGGUAGUAUCAAUCCCAGAGUCAAGUCCUUUGACAUAAGGCUGAAAUCCACAGAGUACGCCGAGCUGCAGGAGAAACUGCACGCACCCAUCAGAAACGCUGCCAAUGUUGUCAUCCAUCUGACAAUGAGUGAGCUCUUUCUGGAGACCUUUAAGUCAUAUGUGAGGAUGAAUGUUGUUUACAAGUGUCCAAGUGGCCAGGAGCUUGAACCUUGCAUCGGAUGCAUGCAAGUCAAUGCCAACGUGAAGCUUCUGCGUCUCUGCCAGAGCGAUGAGGGCGAAUGCCAGCAGUGUUACUGUCGCCCCAUGUGGUGUCUGACAUGUAUGGGCAAAUGGUUUGCCAGUCGACAGGACCAGCAGCAGCCGGAGACAUGGCUGAGCAGCAGGGUCCCAUGUCCUACUUGCAGGGCCAAGUUCUGCAUCUUGGAUGUUUGUCCCAUUGAAUGAAUGCUUGAUGUGAAGACCUUUGCAACACAAAACCUACUACGUGGUUCUUUCUAAACCUCUGUGCCUCCAAAGCAAUGGUGAAUCCGACCAAACCUCAAGAGCUCAACGUUAUCUCAUCCUAAUAAUUGAAGAAAGAAACACGACAAUACUACAAUGCAAAAAAUGUCAUUGUGUGGACAGACAUUCAGUUUUAUACCGUAUGGACAAAUCUUUUUGUUCUACAUCAUCACAUUGCUUGUUGCACUUCAGACAUUUUUCUUUGGGAGCGAACGUGCCUGAUUGAAUUGAAGAUAAAGUCACAGUGUUGAAGUUGGUGGCCGGCUGAUCUGCGCUCAACUUGACACUGUUGUUAACCGGAUAGACAUGCGUGCUAGACAUGAAUGAUAUGACAAAAUUGCGCAAAAUGGUUUGUGAUAGUUCUGAAACCGUCAAAUUUCAGAAUUGCCCGUAAAAAAAGUCAACUUCUGGAUUUUGCUAAGCAAAUUGGUAAGAGCUUUCCAUUAUUCAACCAAUGCAGAGAGCAACUUCUCAUUUAAAGCCAGCUUGAACUGAAAUUGUUGAGACUUUUUUUGGGUUGCGGCUGGAAGGGGAUCCGCUGUGGAUGUGCUGGAUAAGUUAGCGGUUCAUUCCACUGAGGUGACCCCAGAUUAGUAAAGGGACUAAGCCGAAAAUAAAAUAAAUGAAUA